AUGACUAACACUAAAAUAGAGCCAGGUAGCUCUUUAUACCUUCACCCUUCAGAAGGGACUCACACUAUAAGUGUUGAGAAGUUAGAAGGACCAUCAAAUUACAGAUCUUGGAAAAGAUCGUUUGAGAUAAGCCUUGCUUCAAAGAGAAAGCUGGGGUUUGUGACAGGGGGAGAGAAAAAAGAUAGCACUGAUGAAGUGAAGAGUGAAGCGUGGGAAACAUGUAAUAAUAUGGUGAUUUCAUGGAUCCUGACCUCUGUGUCUGAAUCCAUUAAAAAGUCAGUGAUGUUUGUUACCAAUGCUGCUGAGAUUUGGAGACAACUGGAGAGAAGAUUCUCAGUAGCUAAUGGUGCAAGAAAGUAUAAACUUCAUAAGGCUGUUUAUGAAACAAAGCAGCAAGGAAGAGGAGUGGCUGAAUAUUAUACUGAGAUAAAGAGCAUAUGGGAGGAACUGGAUGCCCUGAGAGACUACCCUGCAGUCACCAAACUUGAACCAGAAGUAGUUGCUUAUAUAGGAGCUGUGCAGAAAGAAGAAGAAGAGGAACGCUUGUUCCAAUUUUUGAAUGGCUUGGAUGAGUGCUUUGGGACUCAGAGGAGUCACAUCCUUAUGAUGACUCCCUUGCCUAAUGUAGAAACUGUAUGUGGUAUGGUUCAGCAAGAAGAGUCCCAAAGAGAUGCAUUUAGCAGCAUAAAGCAAGAAAAUGAAGUGUUUGCCAUGUAUAGUAAAAGAAGUGAGAUGAACUGUUCUAACUGUGGGAAAGUUGGUCAUGGUGCUGACAAAUGUUGGGCAUGUAAGGCCUGUGGGAAGACUGGUCACACAACUGAGAAAUGCUGGACAGUGGUUGGCUUCCCAAGCAAGCUACCUAAGUCUCAAAGAGAGUUCAAAGGAAAGAGCAAGGAAGUGGUGUAUAAAGGUAUGCAAGGAAGAGAUGUUAAGCAGAGUGUACCCAGAUGGAACAAAGGUAAGCAAGAAGGAAGAGUGCAAAUGUCUGCUAAUGUGUGUAGUCAGAAUGAAGGAGGCAGUAAUGGUGGGAUCACUGCUCAGCAGUUGGAGCAGCUUCUCAAGCUUCUACCUCUUCCUUCAAGAAGCAAGGAUGAUGAUUCAGGAGAUGAAAUGGAAACAAAUUUUGCUGAAAUGAUUAAAUGCAAUCUUGCACAAUCUGUGUGUAAAGAUUGGAUCCUUGACUCUGGCGCAACACAUCACAUGACAGGGAACUUUGAGCUCCUUGAAAACCCUAUAAAGGCCACACAUCAGCCAAGCAUCAGUCUGCCUAAUGGUGAAACCUCUCUUGUUUCCCAUAGUGGAGAGACACAGGUAGCUGGAAACAUGAAACUUCACAAAGUCAUGUAUAUUCCAUCAUUUAGGCACAACCUUGUGUCUAUUCAAAAGCUUACUCAACAUCAUGGGUGCAAAGUGUUGUUUCACCCUGAGUUUUUGCAUUAUCCAAGAUGGGAAAAGCUCCCAGGUUCUUGCUAUUGGGAGAGCUGUGAAGGGAAUAUAUUACCUGGUGAAUGA